CUUCUGAAAAUCUUACUUGUGAUUUAAUCAGGUUUGUGCUACUCCAGUCCCCUUUUGGCCUGGGGACUCCUUUCCUUUCAUUGGUUUGUUUCAGUUCAGAGGUAUCAUCGGUUUUCGUGGUGAGGGUCCAUGGUGCAUUGUUGUUCCGUUUCAGUGUGGUUAGAAGGAGGAUCUGGGUUUGAGGUUUCCUCAGCUCAUUUGAGAAACGCCCAUUAGUCAGAUCUAACCAUCUAGUGACUUGUUACUAAGGUGCGCUCCACUUACCCUGCUGUAAGCCGCAAUGUUGGUGGGCAAUAUGCAGACUGGGGCACAGCUGACAGCCAGCGCCACGCGGGGCUAACCAGAGCUUGAGAGCCGAGGGCCGCCGCCUCCUGUGUGUGGGCUCCGAGCGCCGCUCCCCGGGAGUGCGGUCCAAUCGGCUGGGCUCCAGGGGGCGGGGCGCGGCCGUCGCGGUCUUUGCGGUAGCUGCAGGCGCGGCGGCGGCUUGGCCCAGCGUUCGCGGGCCUUGGAGUUGGGGCUGGGGGCGGCGAGCUCUAGCUCUCUGCGGGGGCGGCGCUGUCAGCGUUCCGCGGGCAGCUGGUUUUGGCGGGCUGCAGCACCCGGUACCGGGAUGGAGCGCCGCGGAUUUCAGGUUUUCUGACCUAUAUGGAAGGAUGAUUGCUCAUAAACAGAAAAAGACAAAGAAAAAACGAGUUUUGGCAUCAGGCCAACUCUCUGCUGAUGUUACUGCUUCUGAAAUGGGUCUCAAGUCCAUAAGUUCCAACUCUGUUUUUGAUCCGGAUUACAUCAAGGAGUUGGUGAAUGAUAUUAGAAAAUUCUCUCAAAUAUUACUGUAUUUGAAAGAAGCUCUUCUUUCAGACUGUUUUAAAGAAGUCAUUCAUAUACGUCUGGAUGAACUUCUCCGAGUCUUAAAGUUUGUAAUGAGUAAACAUCAGAACCUUAAUUCUGUUGACCUUCAAAAUGCUGCAGAAACGCUUAUUGCAAAAGUGAAAGCUGUGAACUUCACAGAAGUUAAUGAAGAAAACAAAAACGAUCUUUUCCAAGAAGUGUUUUCUUCCAUUGAAACAUUGGCUUUUACAUUCGGGAAUAUCCUUACAAACUUUCUUAUGGGAGAUGUAGGCAGUGAUUCACUGUUGCGACUGCCUGUGUCUCAGGAAAGAAAGUCUUUUGAAAACGUUUCUAUGGAAUCGGUGGACUCAUCCAAUGAAAAAGGAAAUUUUUCUCCUAUAGAACUGGACAGUGUGCUGUUAAAGAACACUGGCUCUGUAGAACUGGCUUUAUCAUAUACCAAAACAUGGUCAAAAUAUACCAAGAACAUAGUUUCAUGGGUUGAGAAGAAGCUUAACCUGGAAUUGGAGUCCACUAGAAAUAUUGUAAAGUUGGCAGAGGCAACUAGAGCUAACAUUGGACUACAGGAGUUUAUGCCGCUGCAGACUCUAUUUACCAAUGCUCUUCUUAAUGAUAUAGAGAGCAGUCAUGUUUUACAGCAAACAAUUGCUGCUCUACAAGCCAACAAAUUUGUGCAGCCUUUACUUGGAAGAAAAAAUGAAAUGGAAAAACAAAGGAAAGAAAUGAAAGAGCUCUGGAAACUGCAACAAAAUAAAAUGCUUGAAACAGAGACUGCUCUUAAAAAGGCAAAACUGUUAUGCAUGCAACGUCAAGAUGAGUAUGAAAAAGCAAAAUCUUCCAUGUUUCGUGCAGAGGAGGAGCAUCUUUGCUCAAGUGGAGGAUUAGUAAAAAAUCUUAACAAGCAACUAGAAAAAAAGCGAAGGCUGGAAGAGGAGGCUCUUCAAAAAGUAGAAGAAGCAAAUGAACUCUACAAAGUUUGUGUGACAAAUGUUGAAGAAAGACGAAAUGAUCUAGAAAAUACCAAACGAGAAAUUUUGACAAAACUCCGAAAACUUGUUUUCCAAUGUGAUCUUACCCUUAAGGCUGUAACAGUUAACCUUUUCCAGAUGCAGCACCUGCAGGCUGCCUCCCUCGCAAGCAAUUUACAGGCUCUUUGUGAGAGUGCCAAACUGUAUGACCCAGGCCAGGAGUACACUGAAUUUGUCAAGGGUACAAAUACAAAUGAAAAAGAAAAAGUUGAUGGGAAUAUAAAUAAACAGGUUAAAUAUAGUCCCCAAACUUCUGGAUUCAGACAUUGUGACUAUUUAGAAGAUGUUGUGCGCCUUCCUGACAAUUCAAAUAAAAUUGAGGAGGACAGAUGUUCUAACAGUGCGGAUAUAACAGGUCCUUCUUUUAUAAGGUCCUGGACAUUUGGGAUGUUUAGUGACUCUGAGAGUACCGGAGGGAGCAGUGAAUCUAGAUCUCUGGAUUCGGAAUCUAUAAGUCCAGGAGACUUUCAUCGAAAAUUACCACGAACUCCAUCUAGUGGAACCAUGUCUUCUGCCGAUGAUUUAGAUGAAAGAGAACCACCGUCUCCUUCAGAAGCUGGUCCCAGUUCCCUUGGAACAUUUAAGAAAACAUUGAUGUCGAAGGCAGCUGUUACCCACAAGUUUCGUAAAUUGAGAUCCCCCACUAAGUGUAGGGAUUGUGAAAGCAUUGUAGUUUUCCAAGGUGUUGAGUGUGAAGAGUGUCUGUUGGUCUGUCACCGAAAAUGUUUGGAAAAUUUAGUCAUCAUUUGUGGUCAUCAGAAACUGCCAAGUAAAAUACACUUAUUUGGAGCAGAAUUCACACAAGUUGCCAAGAAGGAACCAGAUGGCAUCCCAUUUAUACUCAAAAUAUGUGCCUCAGAGAUUGAAAAUAGAGCAUUGUGUCUUCAGGGCAUAUAUCGUGUAUCUGGAAAUAAAAUAAAAACUGAGAAACUUUGCCAGGCAUUUGAAAAUGGAAUGCACUUGGUAGACAUUUCAGAAUUCAGUUCACAUGACAUCUGUGACGUUUUGAAAUUAUACCUUCGACAGCUCCCAGAACCAUUUAUUUUAUUCCGACUGUACAAGGAAUUUAUAGACCUUGCAAAAGAGAUUCAACAAGUAAAUGAAGACCAAGAGAUAAAGAAGACUGGCCUUGAGGACAAAAAGUGGCCUACUGCAUGUAUAGAAAUAAACCGUAUUCUUUUAAAAAGCAAGGACCUUUUACGUCAGUUGCCACCAUCAAAUUUUAACAGCCUUCAUUACCUCAUAGUACAUCUUAAGCGGGUAGUAGAUCAUGCCGAAGAAAAUAAGAUGAACUCCAGAAACUUGGGGGUGAUUUUUGGACCAAGUCUCAUUAGGCCAAGGCCAACAAGUGCUCCUGUCAGCAUCUCUUCGCUUGCGGAAUAUUCCAAUCAAGCGCGACUGGUGGAGUUCCUCAUUACUCACUCCCAGAAGAUCUUUGAUGGGACCCCACAGACACAGGACGCAGUUGUGUGUAGUACAGCUGCAGUGGUACCUCAGGUGGAUCGAGGCUGUCUUCCAAAGCCUCUUUUAUCACUAGAAGAGAGAGACUCAGAACAUUCCAUGACAUCAGUGUUUUAUUCUUCAAAGGAAGAUAUCCAUACUGCAGAUAGUGAAAGCAAAAUUUUUGAACCAGCUACAUCGUUUGAGGAAUCAGAGCGUAAGCAAAAUGCAUUAGAAAAAUGUGAUGAUUGUCUCAUUGAUGACAAACUACGUUUGCUUCCAGACAAAGAGGUUGAAUCCACAUUUCAAAAAAUACAAGAUUUUUGUAUUACUGAGACACCUACUCUGAAGUCUGAUAGGGAAGGAAGCAGUAAUGAAAUGCAUACUCGAAGGACCAAGGUAAUGAUUAGACCUGUAAGUCUGCCUGUAGAUAGACUACUUCUUGCAAGCCCUCCUUAUGAGAGAAAUGGGAGAAAUAUGGGAAAUGUAAAUUCAUCCAAGUUUUACAAGUAUCCUACUGUCGAAGGAGUUAGAAAAGACACCCCUGCUAUUGUUUGUUCCAAACUUGAUGGCUACGAUGUGCAAACUCUACAGAAAACUUGGGACAAACAGUAUGAAUCAAACAACUUGACUAUAAAUGCUGCCAUGAUUAUAACAAAUGCACUCCAGGAAAAAGGAGUGACAAACAUCAAGACCAAUGGGGACCAUUCAGUCAAUGCUACCCAGCCCAGUAAGCCAUACGUAGAACCAGUCAGGCCAGCAAGAGGGGUAUCAGAGAGACGGUCCUCUGAUUCAAAUACUCUUGCUCCUGUCAGAGCACCCAGAACACUGCAGCCCCAACACUGGACAACGUUUUAUAAGCCACCUACUACUACGGGUAGCAAUGUAAGGGGGAAUGAAGAGAAGGCUGCCAAGUCCUCUGCAGCAGAGCCUGCUGGCACAACUACUGGUCCCCAAGCUGACGUGGUAAAAUCAGUCUCAAACUCAGAAAACACAUCUCCUUGUCCUGGGCAGCCUAUUAGUAAGCCUAAAGGUAACUCCAAAGAACAUGACCUGCCUGAUGCGAUUCCAACAUGUCAGAGACCAAGGCUAAAACGAAUGCAACAGUUUGAAGACCUUGAAGAUGAAAUCCCACAAUUUGUAUAGGAUUGCCAAAAUUUGGAUAUUCUUUUUUUUGUUGUUUUAUGUAUUUUGUUUGUUUUAUGAAAGAAUUUAUUGAUGUGAUCAUUUUGUAUAGGAUUGCCAAAUUGUUUAUUUUUCUUUUUGUCAUUGUUAUCCUAGGUUGGUUAUCUUGACCAGUAGAAUGUUCUGUUAUGGCCGCAUUUAUGCCUCACUGGAAUUAUCUUUAAAUUCUGUAUUUUUGAAUGUGAAUAAAAUAGGUGGACUCAUAUUUUUUGAAUUUGAUUUUCCCCAUAAAAUGGGUCAUUUAAAUGCAUACCUAAUAUAUAAUAAUACAGGUUUUCCACUAAUAGGUGCAAUUGGGGAAAAUCAGCAUUUUUGUUUUUUUGACGUGAAGCUAAGUGCUUAUUUAUAGAAGGAAUGUUUCUGAGUGCAAGUGCCUAAGAGAUCUUUGUUUGAUUAUGUUUUUUCAAACAAAUUUUUAAUGAAUCUUUCACCAUUUGUGCUUUCAUGUAUGUAAGGUUUUAUUUUUCAAUUGACAAUUCACUUUUAAUUUUUAAUAUUUACACAAUGGUUAAAGGGCUUGCAAAUCUGUACAUAACAGCAUUUUAAUUAAUUGCCAAUUUUUACAUGUGGUAGUCAAUUUAAUUGUACAAAGAAAAUGCACUUAAUUCUGUUUCUAAAGUGUGUAGUUCAAUUAUGUUUUACUUGGCUUUAGAUGGUUUUAUACAGUUUGAUGGUUUUUCACCCUUUUGGCUUUGUUCUCCAUUAGCUUUUGCUUUCUUACAGUUUUGAACUUUUUGGUAUUUUAUAUAAUGGUUCAAAAUAUGCCCCUUUUAGUAGCUUUAAACUGAAUCCAUUUCCUUUUGAUAUUUUCUUGGUUUUGUUUUAAUCAUUCCUUUUGUAUUAAAUGUUUUCACUUAUAAAUCAUUUUAUGUACUUUUUCUACCUGGACUUUGAAUCAUUGACAGCAUAUAUUGAACAAACAUUUAUGUAGAUUGAUUUUAAGAGGACUGUUGAAUAAGCCUCAUUGUUUGGAAUUUGAGGAAAAGUUUAGGUGAUAGAUUCCAAGGUAUUAGAACUUGCGAAUUCCUGUUAUUUUCUGCAUUUCAUCAUUUUGUCUAAAAUAGGAUAUAAAAGGGAAGAAAAAAAUAAAAUGACCUGUUUUUGUAUUGGAA